GGAUUUGUGGUGGCGCUCUGUCCAAUAUCCCUUCUUCUGAGGAUUCUACAUAAAAUGAGUUCCGGGUCCGUAACAGAAUCAGAUUUAAUAUCAGCGCUUCAAGCUGUUGGAGUAUCGCAUAAGUUGGAUGAAAUAAAUAGAUCUGAUGCAAAAUCUAUUUUAAACAAUGCAUCAAUAGGAACUGCAUUAAGUUUGUCAUCGAACUCAUUUCCUGUGUUUGAACGACCCGAUUCUCUUCGUAUUAUACACGAUCUUGUAGAAGGUCUUUUACGAGUACAGACACGGGAUUCAUCUAUUGCACUUCGCCAUUUGAAUGUUGUACUGUCAUCUCUCUUUAGAUUUCUCAAUGAUUCAAAUUCUGACGUCCGUAUAGCUGCUGAUGAAGGCCUGAACAAACUUAUCAAGUUCCUCCGUUCAAGUAUGACACGUUUAAUUUUGUUCGAACUGCUCAUGGAGCUAAAGCGUAAUCAAAACUCAAGAUCCGUAUCGGUUGCACUGUCGAAAUUUGCUUCAUUGUCUACACAAAUUAGAACAUCUAAACGCAGGUUUUAUGCAACCAAUUUACUACCUGUUCUCAUAUCAAUCUUUGAACAAGAAGAUGAUUUAUUAUUUGAAAACCUAACUGAUUCUUUUCGACAAAUCGCAAACGAAUUGUUUUAUUACGCAACUGAAAAAGAAUUACGCAGCUUUUUACGUACACAAAUUACACGGUUGUCAUCGAGCAAGGCAGUAGUACGCCGUUCAGUAGCCCAAUCACUUGUAAUCACAUGUCAGUCAUCUCGCGUACCACUCACUCUACUACGCUACCUACUUCACCUAAUAUUAACUGAAAUGGAUUCGCUCACUAGUGAUUCCCAGUUAGAACCAACAAAAGUUGUGUGUGAUAAAUCAUCAAUACCUUUUAAUUCUACUGCUUAUUGGACAGGUUUAUUCAACACAAUUCGUUAUUUAUCUAUUGGAUGGGAUCAAUUCUCUAAUAAAUUUAUGAAAAAUAUAUCUUUUUUAAACUUAAAUAUACCUCAAACUUCAUCAGUACAUUUAGAUUCUUACAAUACUCUGCAUUCUAGAUUAGUUGAAAUGCUUAAUCCAGGUUAG